AUGGCGGCGGAGGUGGAUUUUGGCGAUUUAGAGCUGUUCGAGGCGUUUGACCACCCAGAGGACUCGACUCCGAAGCCCGUUCACACCCGCUUCAAGGACGACGACGGCGACGAGGAGGACGAGAAUGGGAUUGGCGACGCGGAGCUGCGGGAACGGCUUCGGCAGUGCGAGGAAACCAUCGAGCAGCUCCGCGCCGAGAAUAUCCUUCCCGCUCGCUGGGCCCUGUCACCGGGGCAACUUAAAAGAAAAUUGAAUAUUUUGACUCGACCAAGUGGAAUAUUGGUGAACAAUACUAAGUUAGAUGGACCUUUAUUACAGAUUCUAUUUAUGAACAAUGUUAUUUCAAAGCAAUAUCAUCAAGAAAUAGAGGAAUUUGUAUCAAAUUUAGUAAAAAGAUUUGAGGAACAGCAGAAAAAUGAUGUGGAAAAGACUUCCUUUAAUCUUUUGCCCCAGCCAUCCAGUGUUAUGCUAGAAGAGGACCAUAAAGUAGAAGAAUCCAGUUCCGUUAAUAAUAAGGAAGCUUUUAGUGUUGUAGGAAGUGUCCUGUAUUUUACUAAUUUUUGCCUUGAUAAAUUGGGGCAACCGCUACUAAAUGAAAACCCUCAGCUUACGGAAGGAUGGGAAAUACCCAAGUACCAGCAAGUCUUCAGCCACAUUGUUUCUCUAGAAGGGCAAGAAAUACAAGUAAAGGCAAAAAGGCCAAAGCCUCACUGUUUCAAUUGUGGUUCUGAAGAGCAUCAAAUGAAAGAUUGCCCAAUGCCUCGAAAUGCUGCUCGAAUAAGCGAAAAGAGAAAAGAGUAUAUGGAUGCCUGUGGUGAGACAAACAAUCAGAAUUUUCAGCAGCGAUAUCAUGCAGAAGAAGUAGAAGAGAGAUUUGGAAGAUUUAAGCCAGGAGUUAUUAGUGAGGAACUCCAGGACGCACUGGGUGUGACGGACAAGAGUCUUCCACCUUUUAUAUAUCGAAUGCGCCAGCUAGGCUACCCACCAGGGUGGCUCAAAGAGGCCGAACUGGAGAACUCAGGGCUUGCGCUCUAUGAUGGGAAAGAUGGUGCUGAUGGAGAGACAGAAGCUGGAGAAGUACAGCCAAGUAAAAGUGUCACUUACGACCUCUCGAAACUGGUAAACUAUCCAGGUUUUAAUAUAUCUACUCCCAGAGGAAUUCCAGAUGAAUGGAGGAUAUUUGGGUCAAUACCAAUGCAGGCCUGUCAGCAGAAGGAUGUGUUUGCCAAUUACCUAACUUCUAACUUCCAAGCGCCAAGCAUGAAGUCUAGCAGCAAAAGGUCUUCAUCUCAGUCCAGCCCCAGUAGUCCAAAGAAGCAGAAGAAGGAAAACAGUGCAGCAGCCUCACCCGCCGACAUGGAACUGGACUCGGAUGCCGAGGUCCCGCAUGGGUCCCCAAGCAGCGAAGCUUUUCAGUUUCAGCCCCCGCUGCCCCCUGGCACGCCUCCCCCACUCCCCCGGGGCACCCCUCCACCCAUAUUCACUCCUCCGCUCCCCAAGGGCACCCCGCCGCUGACUCCCAGUGACUCACCCCAGACGAGAACGGCAUCCGUGACUAUGGAUGAGGACUCGCUGACUCUGGAGGAGCUAGAAGAACAACAGAGGCAGAUAUGGGCAGCCCUGGAGCAGGCCGAGAGCAUCAAUAGUGAUUCGGAUAUUCCUGUGGACACACCUUUAACCGGGAAUUCGGUGGCCUCUUCACCUUGUCCAAACGAACCUGACCUCCCUGUCCCAGAGGAAAAAACACCCGAAAAGCAGGUGCCAGCGGAGGCUGAGGUACCAGACACUGCUGCACAGAAAUCGGAAGAGGAACAAGCCUCGAGCCCAGAUUCUGAGACUGCUUUGCUUGGCCAGAAGGAAAAGGAAGAGUCCACUCAGGUAGACCCAGAAGGUGCUCUUGACCACGGCAGGGUCGAGUCAAACAGUGAGGUCAGGAAUGGAGGGAGCAGCCAGCAGCUCCUUCACGAGGACUGCAGUCCUGCAGCAGCCGCGAAGGCCCACAGUGCUAUCCCCGACAUGAGCAAGUUUGCAACUGGAAUAACGCCGUUUGAAUUUGAGAACAUGGCGGAAUCUACUGGAAUGUACCUCAGGAUAAGAAACUUGUUAAAGAAUUCACCCCGAAACCAGCAAAAACACAAGAAGACUUCUGAAUGA